UUUUAUCCUUACAGGCUCAUCUCCUUGUGUUGCUUUGUUAUCUAAGGACUGCAUAAUAAAUGCUUCUAGUUUUUGUUGGUGGUUCUUCUCUUUUUAAUCCCUAUUUGGUAUGUUUGUUUAGUUGAAUGCUAAUGGGGCACUAUAGAGAUCUUUGCUGUUAAUUGAUGGGUAUUGCUUGUUCAUAUUCUGGCUGGUGAAGUUUCCCUUUUGAUGUUCUUGAGACCCUUCAAUCUCUUAUUCUGUAUUUCUCCUUGCAACUUUCACUAUCAAGCCACAAUUUUUGUCUAUUUUCGAAGCAGAAAAGACUCCUCAGAAGCACCACAAAGAGUUCGUCCUCGAGCUGUGUGCCAACUAAAAACAACCGGAUUAGAGUCUGACUCUGCAUCAUCAUCAAGUCAAGUUAGAACACCAAAAGAUAGAAGUCCUAAAGUAAUCGAUCGCCGGUCACCCGUAAGCCCAGUGUCUGAGAAGAAGCGUCCGAGCAGAAUAUCUGAGUUGGAAUCUCAGGUUUCCCAGCUUCAGGAAGAUCUGAAAAAGGCGAAGGAUCAGCUAAGUUUAUCAGAAUCAUGGAAAAAAGAAGCCCUGCAGGAUGCUGAUGAGUCCAAGAAACAACUUUUAGCUAUAUCUUCAAAGCUUGAAGAAUCACAGACGCAACUUCAGGAAUGCUGCGCUACUGAGGAGGCUCGUGUUGUUGAGCUUCAAAAAAUCUCACAAGAGCAGGAUAAAGCAUGGCAGUUGAUGCUUGAGGCUAUCCAACAGCAGCACCCAGUUGAGUUAUCUGCCUUGGGCUCUGCAUUGAGUGAAAUUCAACGGCUUAAGGUUCAACUUGAAAUGGUAGCUGAAUCUGAAGCUGACCAGAGCAAGCUCACAGAAUCAGCAGAUGUGGAGCUCCAGACAUUAAGAGCAAAUCUGAUGGAUACUCUUGCUCUUGUAGAGAACAUGAAAACGCAGCUAAGGGAUAGCAAAGACUCGGAGGCCCAAGCCCAGGAACUGGCUAGUGAAACUCUAUUGCAACUGGAAAGUGCAAAGAAAUCUGUGGAGGCACUCAGAUCAGAUGGCACUAGAGCUAUUGAAGCCUAUAACUCCAUUGCUUCAGAGUUAGAUCAUUCGAGGGAUCGUGUUAAAUUAUUGGAAGGACUUGUUAGAAAACUUGAGGCAGAUCUACAUAAUGCCAAUCUUUAUCGAGGUUCUGCAGAUGGUCAUGAUACUGAGGAGGCCACUGUUGAAAAUCAAAGAUCAGAGGAAGCAAACCAGCUUGAAGCAGAGCUUUUUGCUUUGAAAUCUGAGGUGGAGCGUUUGAGAUCUGCUUUAGAAGCUGCUGAGAUUAAAUGCCAUGAAGAACAAAUUCACAGCGCAGCUCAGAUAAGAAGUGCUUACGAAAUGGUGGAGCAGAUAAAAUCUCAAUCUGUUCUCAGAGAGGCUGAACUAGAGGCGGAGCUCAAGCAAGCAAAAAUUGAUAUUGAAGAGUUGAAGGCAGACCUUAUGGACAAGGAAACUGAAUUGCAAGGAAUUUCAGAGGAGAAUGAAGGUCUGAAUAUGAAGCUAAAGCACAGUUUAUCAAGCCGACGAGAAUAUGCAAUAGAGAAUGAACUAAAAAAUUUGAGGGACUCAGUUCAUGAGUUGAAGGCAAGUUUAAUGGAUAGGGAGACAGAACUGCAAAAUGCGUUGGAGGAAAAUGAGAUGUUGAAGGUAGAAAUUGGUAAAAGGGAAACAGAUGAGCAAAACAUGAAUAAUGAAGUGGUUAUACAACUAGAAGCUGCAAGAGAUGCAGAACGAGAAGCUCGCGCGAAGCUUGGCUUCGUGAUGGAGGAGGCAGAUAGGAGUAAUAAAAGGGCUGCAAGGAUCACUGAACAGCUUGAGGCAGCACAAGCAGCUAACUCUGAAAUGGAGGCGGAGUUGAGAAGACUAAAGGUGCAGUCUGACCAGUGGAGGAAGGCUGCAGAGGCAGCUGUAGCAAUGCUUUCAACAGGAAAUAACGGGAAGUUCAUGGAAAGAACAGGGUCAUUGGAUAGCAACUAUAAUCCUGUUACAGUAAAGUUCGGCUCGCCCUUCAACGAAGAGAUGGAUGAUGAUAUGCUAAAGAAGAAAAAUGGAAAUAUGCUGAAGAAGAUUGGGGUGUUGUGGAAGAAGCCACAGAAAUAGAAUACUCAAGGUACGCGUAAACAGAAAAUUGCUGGUUGAUUUCCUAUGCCUUGGCAUCAAAUUGCAGCUAGUUAUUUUCGUGCAAAUGUGUUUAGAUUGGCUUAGCUAGUUUCACUUUUGAACCGAGAGAUGUAUCAACUCAAAGAAAUGGCAAAAUCUACAAAUAUGUAUCUAUCUGCAAAUUCUGCAUGUGAGUAAACUUACUAUGGAGUCAUUUUGCUGAAGCUAGUCCCUUCCUCGUGAUCAAAUUGGCAAAUGAAUUUAGAAUAAUCUAGUUUCUGUUGCUUUUGAUCUGCUGAAAAAUAUCUGGUAAUGUUUAACACUCUGCUCAUUUUACUUGUUCUCCGAAUCCCAGUCUCACUGAACGAACAAAUUCAUGAAAUGAAAUGGGUUUGAUUUUUAAGGGAAAGUAUAAAAAAAAAUACCAUGUGUUCAGUUA